AUGAAUAGAUUACUUUCACCUCUUCCAUCAAUACUACUAGUAAUACUAUAUACGAUUCUAUUGUUAUCGUCGUAUUCGAAUGCUGAGAAUCUUGCAAAAUAUCAACCUGGUGAUGCUAUUAAAUUAGAAUGUUUAAAUAGACAAACGAUGGAAUGGGGACCAGGUCCAAGAUGUGAAGGAAGAAAGAAAGGUGAUUAUGAUGGAAUUACAUUCUUUUAUGGAAAGAAUACGUUCCUUAGUUGUGGUAUUGCGAUCAGCACAAAAGAGAUGUAUGAACAAUUAACUCAAAAUAUUAAACAAGAAAAUUCAUGGGAAUGUAGAAUACCAUUAUCACCAGAUGACAAAUUAAAGAUUUAUAUACCUGUUCAUAUACCGGUUUGGGGAUUUGUUCAAACUGAUCAUUUGGAUGUUACCGAUCAUAUCAAUGUUUUAUUUCAUGAAGAGGAUGGUAUUAUUCAUGGUGCCACUAUAUAUCCAGUCAAAGAUAAGUUUGUUCAAGUUAAAUCUGACCUUAGAUCAACACUCACCUAUCACGGUCACAUCAAAUGGCUCAAGGGUGGAUCAUUUUCAGAGAUAUCUGGUGGUGCUGGCGCCGGCGGUGGAGUAAAUACUGGUGCCAAUGAAUUUGGGCAACUAUGGAUAUCUGCAAGCAUGUCAUCUGUAUUCCUUUGGUGUCUAAUUACAUUUGUUUUUAGUAUAUUGGCUGCUGCCAUUAUUUAUAAAUCUUUCCUUAAACCAAGAUUAAUUAGAAAAUAUUUAAAAACUGAUUAA